AUGCCUUUUUUUACGAAUUCUCUCAUUCUUUUUUCAAAAAAAAAGAAAAAAGUGACACGAAAAUCGCUUUCUUUUAUUCUCUCUUUUUUCUUCCUCUUCCUCUUUAUUUUUUUUUUUCUUUUUUUUCUUUUUCUUCUUCUUCUUUUCUUCUUCUUCUUCUUCUUCUUCUUCUUCAUCGUUCUUUCUUUCUUAAUUUCUUUCUUCAAUGAAUUUUUUUCAUUCUUUCUUUCUUCAUUUCAUUCUUUUUUUCCUUUUCUUACUAUUUCUUUCUUUCUUUCUUUCUUUCCUUUUCUUACUAUUUCUUUCUUUCUUUCUUUCUUUCUUUCUUUCUUUCUUUUUCGUUUGUUUCCUAUUUUCUUCCUUGUUUAUUUGUUCUUCAUUCUUCCUUUCUCUUUUCUCUCCCUUUUUUCCUUUUCUUUCUUUCUUUCUUUUCUUUUCUUUCUUCCAUUUUAUCUCUUUCUUUCUUUCUUUCUUUCUUUCUUUUUCUUUUAUUUUUCUUUCUUUAUUUUCUACCUCCUUCAUUGUUUGUUUGAUUGUUUCUUUCUUUCUUCAUUUUUUCGUUCGUUCGUUCGUUCGUUCGUUCUUUCUUUCUUUCUUUCUUUCUUUUUUGUUUCCUCCUUCCUUCCUUUUUUAUUUGUUUCUUCCUUUCUUUCUUCCUUCCUUCAUUUCUUCCCUCGUAUAUUUCUUUCUUUCUUUCUUUCUUUCUUUCUUUUUUUUUUCCUCCUUCCUUCCUUUUUUAUUUGUUUCUUUCUUUCUUUCUUCCUUCCUUCAUUUCUUCCUCGUAUAUUUCUUUCUUUUCUUUCUUUUUUUUCUUUUUUUUUCUUUCUUUCUUUCUUUCUUUCUUUCUUUCUUUCUUUCUUUCUUGUUUCACCUCUCUUCCCAUUUUCUUUCUUUCUUUGUUUUUCUGUUUUCUUUCUUUCUUCAAUAUUCCCGUUCUUUCUUUCUUUCUUUCUUUCUUUCUUUCUUUCUUUCUUUCUUUCUUUCUUUCUUUCUUUCUUUAAUGUUCCCUUUCUUUCUUUCUUUCUUUCUUUCUUUCUUUCUUUCUUUCUUUCUUUCUUUCUUUCUUUCUUUCCCCCUUUUCUUUCUUCCAUCCCCCCUUUGUUUGUUUGUUUGUUUGUUUGUUUCUUUCUUUCUUUCUUCAACCCCCCUUUUCUUUCUUCAGUCCCCCCUUUCUUUGUUUCUUUGUGUUUUUUUUUGUUUCUUUGUUUCUUUGUUUUUUUUUUCUUUCUUUCUUUCUUUCUUUCUUUCUUUCUUUCUACGUUGUUCUCUUUUUCUUUAUAUAGUGCUUCACUGCCAUUGCGCGACAGACGUCUAUUCCUUUAUAUCUUUGACCUGCACCAUAAAGUAAAUUCCGUUCAUGAUACUUGUUCGUUUUUUCUUGUUUGUUUGCUUCCUUUUGAUCAUACCGUGUAUUUUAUCUAUCGAUACACCACACCCUCCCCAUGCCCGAAUAUUUUUUUCCUUCCCUUCACAGUUCAUCUGAAUCAUAAAUCCUCUUUCUUACGGUAUCCGUCAGCAUCAAUCUCCGGCGAAUCUAUCUAUCUAUCUAUCUAUCUAUCUAUCUAUCUAUCUAUCUAUCUAUCUAUCUCACUCUAUUCAUAUCUAUCUAUCUAUCUAUCUAUCUAUCUAUCUAUCUAUCUAUGUAUUUUCGCCUGUUUCUAUCACUCAUUGGUAUCUAUCUAUCUAUCUAUCUAUCUAUCUAUCUAUCUAUCUAUCUAUCUAAUUAUGUUAAACUAUCUAUCUAUCUCAUCCUAUUCAUAUCUAAUUAUGUUCAUAGCAUAUCUAUCUAUCUAUCUAUCUAUCUAUCUAUCUAUCUAUCUAUCUAUCUAUCUAUAUAUCUAUCUAUCUAUGUUCAACUAUCUAUCUAUCUAUCUAUCUAUCUAUCUAUCUAUCUAUCUAUCUAUCUAUCUAAUUAUCAUAUCUAUCUAUCUAUCUAUCUAUCUAUCUAUCUAUCUAUCUAUCUAUCUAUCUAUCUAUCUAUCUAUCUAUCUCAUCCUGUUCGUAUCUAAUUAUGUUCAUAGUAUAUCUAUCUAUCUAUCUAUCUAUCUAUCUAUCUAUCUAUCUAUCUAUCUAUCUAUCUCAUCCUGUUCGUAUCUAAUUAUGUUCAUAGUAUAUCUAUCUAUCUAUCUAUCUAUCUAUCUAUCUAUCUAUCUAUCUAUCUAUCUAUCUAUCUCAUCCUGUUCGUAUCUAAUUAUGUUCAUAGUAUAUCUAUCUAUCUAUCUAUCUAUCUAUCUAUCUAUCUAUCUAUCUAUCUGUGGGAUAAUUUGA